AAAAAAGCGGCAUUGCGAGAAAACAAAUCCAAUCUGUUGAGAAAUUGUUUAGUAUAUUAAAGCACAACACAAAAAGCAAAGUAAGCCAGCAUGUCGUUCAUGAACCCAGUCGAUAUGGUGGAUGAAGAUGCCGCGGACUUGCAGUUUCCCAAAGAGUUCGAAAAUGCCGAAACGCUGCUCAUAUCGGAGGUGCACAUGCUGCUCGAUCAUCGCAAGCGCCAAAACGAAUCCGCCGACGAGGAACAGGAGUUCUCAGAGGUCUUUAUGAAAACCUACGCAUACACAGACAGUUUCCGCAAGUUCAAGAACAAAGAGACCAUUAUGUCCGUGCGCAGUUUGCUUAUGCAAAAGAAACUGCACAAGUUCGAGCUGGCCGCGCUGGGCAAUCUGUGCCCGGAGGCGCCGGAGGAGGCCAAGGCAUUGAUACCCUCACUGGAAGGUCGCUUUGAGGAUGAGGAGCUGCGCCAAAUACUUGACGAUAUCGGCACCAAACGCAGCUUGCAAUACUAAUUUCGCUAAGUUUUGUAGAAAAAGAAUUAUUUAAA